UGCUGAUUUCACCAAACGAUCAUCUCUCGCUUAACGUUGUGCACCAGCGACAGUAAUAUGCAUCUGCUCUUUAGCCAGACACGCUCGGUGUUGUCAACGCUCGUGGUUGAACGGACCUUCUAGAGAAGUGUCCGUGCGCUACCCAGUUCCGCGGCUAACUGCUUCUGUGGGACAGGGACAAGCUGCACGAAAAUCAUGCAAUUCUCCGAAGCCGUGCAUACGCUUCCUCCCAGGUACAUCCAACCACCUUUCGCUGGCUCACAGCGCGAACAUUCAAGUCUACCACGAUGCGCUGCGGGCGUCCCUGCUGAUCUGCACUCUCUUCCGAGUCUUGCGGGGCACCAACUUGAAACAAUACCUGCGGAAAAAGGUCGCCGCGCCACCAAAGCGCAUCACUGUUUCAACGACCCAGCCGGAUUCGGCCACGCGAGCCAAUGUAUCACAAGUCUUCGCAGAUCCAGUGAUUGCCGCAUGCGAUGCACCACGCCAAAGCAAGAGAACAUGGAACAAGAAGAUGGCAUAGACGAAUGAGUUAACUACCGGACAUAUAACCCAUGUGCCCCAGCAUACAUGAUACAUUUUGAGUCCAGAAGCGAGACGUAUCCCCUCUCUGCAUGCGCAGAUCGAGCAAAACGUUUCACCACGGCGUGCAA